AUGAAACUCCUCCGUGGCCAAACCCUAAAGCCCAUUUUUCGAUCAAUUUCCACUAGCGCCGCGGGCGGGUCUGCCGUAAAAUGUCAUCAGAACGAUGACAAGAAGAGCCUUCCAGCAAACAAGUACCUUAAUUCAUGGACAAAACCUAAAGAUCCUAAAGAAGCUGAAGCUAAGCUCGCGUUUUUACGGCGUGAAUACGCGAAGAAAGUGAGGGAAGUUAGGAAAGAGUACAUACAUGAAAUGGAGAUGCAGAGGAUUGAGAAAAUGAGGAAAGACGAAGCGAAAAAGGAAGCGCAAAGGAUUGCUAAUGAAGAGAGGAAAGUUGCUAAAGCUGUUGAGAAGAAAGCUAAAGCUAUGGAAAGAGAAGCUGCUCAACAAGAGUUCCGCAAAACCCUGUGCAUCUCAGCAUCUCACCACCAUACAACAUACGAAAAAAGCACAAAAAUGAAACUACUCCGUGGCCAAACCCUAAAGCCCUUUUUCCGAUCAAUUUCCACCACCGUAAAAUCUCAUCACAACGAUGACAAGAAGAGCCUUCCAGCAAACAAGUACCUUAAUUCAUGGACAAAACCUAAAGAUCCUAAAGAAGCUGAAGCUAAGCUCGCGUUUUUACGGCGUGAAUACGCGAAGAAAGUGAGGGAAGUUAGGAAAGAGUACAUACAUGAAAUGGAGAUGCAGAGGAUUGAGAAAAUGAGGAAAGACGAAGCGAAAAAGGAAGCGCAAAGGAUUGCAAAUGAAGAGAGGAAAGUUGCUAAAGCUGCUGAGAAGAAAGCUAAAGCUAUGGAAAGAGAUGCUGCUCAACAAGAGUUUCGCAAAACCCUGGUAUAUCCUAAAGAAGCUGAAGCUAAGCUCGCGUUUUUACGGCGUGAAUACGCGAAGAAAUUGAGGGAAGUUAGGAAAGAGUACAUACAUGAAAUGGAGGUGCAUAGGAUUGAGAAAAUGAGGAAAGACGAAGCGAAAAAGGAAGCGCAAAGGAUUGCUAAUGAAGAGAGGAAAGUUGCUAAAGCUGCUGAGAAGAAAGCUAAAGCUAUGGAAAGAGAAGUUGCUCAACAAGAGUUCCGCAAAACCCUGUUUGAUUCACAAGAUCCUAAAGAAGCUGAAGCUAAGCUCGCGUUUUUACGGCGUGAAUACGCGAAGAAAUUGAGGGAAGUUAGGAAAGAGUACAUACAUGAAAUGGAGAUGCAGAGGAUUGAGAAAAUGAGGAAAGACGAAGCGAUAAAGGAAGCGCAAAGGAUUGCUAAUGAAGAGAGGAAAGUUGCUAAAGCUGCUGAGAAGAAAUCUAAAGCUAUGGAAAGAGAAGCUGCUCAACAAGAGUUCCGCAAAAUCCUGAACGAUGACAAGAAGAGCCUUCCAGCAAACAAGUACCUUAAUUCAUGGACAAAACCUAAAGAUCCUAAAGAAGCUAAAGCUAAGCUCGCGUUUUUACGGCGUGAAUACGCGAAGAAAGUGAGGGAAGUUAGGAAUGAGUACAUACAUGAAAUGGAGGUGCAGAGGAUUGAGAAAAUGAGGAAAGACGAAGCGAAAAAGGAAGCGCAAAGGAUUGCUAAUGAAGAGAGGCAAGUUGCUAAAGCUGCUGAGAAGAAAGCUAAAGCUAUGGAAAGAGAAGUUGCUCAACAAGAGUUCCGCAAAACCCUGGUAUGCAAUUAUUUGUUUUGUCUUGUAUGUGGGAGAGGCACAGAGCUAGCCUCCUCUUCUCCCUCUUUACUAGUAUUUGGGUGUGCUCAGUAUGAAGGAAAGAGUGGGUUUCUUGCUUAUUUUUUUGUGUUCCUAAAGGGUUCAUGUUGA